AUGGCCUUUGAAACUAAAAAUUCUGGUAAGCCAAGACAAGUGAGGGGUACUACUGCAUACAAAUAUCGAAAUUUGUAUGUGUUUGGUGUAUUUGCUGUCAGUGGACUUUCUUGGUUCCUGUUUGAACAAUUACCAUCAACAAAAAAACUAAAUGAACAAAUCAAAAAUGGUUAUUGGAAUCGUACACCAGAAGAAAAUUAUAGAUUAGAAAUGAUUAGAAAAAAUUUCAAUCCUGAUACAAAGAAUCUAAAGCAAAGAAAAGAUGAAGUUUUGUCGAAAAAGGAUGAUUUUUCACCAAUAAAAAUAUAA